AGAACCAUCUUCCUUCCUCUAUAAAUAACAUUAUCAUCUUCCACUUGUCAUCAUUCAAUCAACAAGUUUUGAUUCAUUUUAAGCUACAUUUAAAGUCUAAAUCAGCAAAUUCAACAUAUCAUGUCGAUCAUUCCAAGCUUAUUCGGUGGUCAUCGAACCAAUGUCUUUGAUCCUUUCUCUUUGGACAUAUGGGACCACCCCUUCUUCAACACCUCCUUUUCCAGUGUUAUUCCAGCUGGGGUCCGUGAAACUUCGGCUUUUGUGAAUGCACAGAUUGAUUGGAAGGAGACCCCAGAAGCCCAUGUAUUCAAGGCUGAUCUUCCAGGGUUGAAGAAAGAAGAAGUGAAGGUGGAGCUGGAAGAGGAUAUGAUUCUACAGAUCAAUGGAGAGAGGAGCAGGGAGAAAGAGGAGAAGAAUGACAAGUGGCACCGUGUCGAGAGGAGCUCGGGCAAGUUUCUCAGGCGGUUCAGGCUGCCAGAGAAUGCAAAGGUUGAUGAAGUCAAAGCUCAGAUGGAGAACGGUGUGCUGACUGUGACAGUGCCUAAGAAGGAGGUCAAGAAGCCAGAGGUGAAGGCCAUUGAUAUCUCUGCUAACUAGUCAUCUUUUCCUUCUUUGAAUAAUAACAAAAUGUGUGUCACUGUUUACUCGAGCAACUCUAUGCGAGUGUGUUGAAGAAGCUGUAUUUUGAGCAUAUGUAACUUGUUUGUCAAGUAAUAAAAAUUGUGUUUUCGUUUAUGCUUUA